CUAAUGUUGUUUUGCCGUUUUAGGGCAUGCAAGAUGAGAACACUUUGGUAUUUCAUGUACUGUAUUUCAAUAAGUCGUUUGUGUUUACCUGCACUUUCUCCCACCUAAUGGGAGCAAAAUCAUGUAAAUGGACAUUGAAUUCUUUGUUUUUCCCAAAAGACAUUUUCAUCUAAAACCAAGAUGUGAUUCAUGAGUGUAAACUAUGACGUGAGGACUGAUAAUAGCUGUUUGGAUUAAGAGGGUGCGCAGUAACUUGUGUCUUUGCCAUUCUGAGCUCCUGAGAGUGUGUGCUGGAGGAAAGUCUGGAAAGUGACUCUAAACGUCUCCUUUAAUGCAUCGUAAUAAAUGGCUAGUGACACAACCCCCAUUUUCCCUCAUGAGUCUAGAGAGAGAGGUUUUCCAUAUAUGUCGGCUUCCACAUAUUUUCCACUUCAGCAUCAGUGUUGACAUUAUAGAGCAGCCUUCGUCCAGCCUGCUGGCCUGGUUCUCAUGCUGCCUCCUGUGCCUGGAAACAAACCCAUGCAGUCGCCCAACAACAAGACUUGAUUCCUGUCACUUCUUGGCUCACCUCUGUUGAAAACACUUGUUGUUGACUUGCCCAGCCCAGCGUUACUCGUAUCGGCCCAGGCUUCCUUUCAUCUCUCCCCAGGGCCAGGCCUUCUCGUGCAGGCUUGGCCCUGAGUGGGCUCCCCCUGGCCUGACAUCAUGGGGAUCCAGGGCAUGGAGCUGUUUGCCAUCGGUGUGGUCAUCAUCCUUUUCAUGGCAGUUCUCAAGCAGUUUGGCAUCUUGGAGCCCAUGUCCUCAUUUGAAGAUGAGAGCAGCGACAGUGACUUGGAGCUGUCAACGGUGCGUCACCAACCAGAGGGUCUGGAUCAGCUGCAGGCUCAGACCAAGUUCACCAGGAAGGAACUUCAGUCCCUCUAUCGAGGCUUCAAGAACGAGUGUCCCAGUGGGCUGGUUGAUGAGGAGACAUUCAAGACCAUCUAUUCUCAGUUCUUUCCCCAAGGAGAUGCAACCACCUACGCUCACUUCCUGUUCAACGCAUUUGACAUCGACAGGAACGGUUCAAUCCGCUUUGAGGACUUUGUCAUCGGCCUGUCGGUGUUGCUCAGAGGUUCGGUCACUGAGAAGCUCAACUGGGCCUUCAACCUCUAUGACAUUAAUAAGGACGGCUACAUCACCAAAGAGGAGAUGCUGGCGAUUAUGAAGUCAAUCUACGACAUGAUGGGGAGGUACACCUACCCCUGUGUGAGAGAUGAAGCGCCCUCUGAACACGUGGACAAGUUCUUCCAGAAAAUGGAUAAAAACCGAGAUGGUGUAGUGACCAUUGAAGAGUUCAUUGAGACCUGUCAGAAGGACGAGAACAUCAUGAACUCCAUGCAGCUGUUUGAGAAUGUGAUAUAAGAAAGCCCACCUGCACAACUCACACACAAACAUAGUAACCCCAACCCUAACCCAGGAACUAGACGUUUUUUAUUUCUCGCCACACUCCUUUAGCUGUAUCUUGCAAACUGCUUCUGGAUUAAAAAGGACUGCUACAGACAGAAGAAGAGAAGAGUUUCCUGGAUAAAAAUUCCCCCGUCUGUCCGGUGUGUUUUUUGUGUCCUAAUUGAAGAAACACGAAAAGCUCCUUGUGUUUCUAUCGUCGGACAAAAAUAAUCAACAACAACCAACAAGGAAUGGAGAAGCUUACAAUAUUCCUCUGACCUGAGCACACAAGGAUACAAGCUUUAACACUACACCUCACCUCUCUCACACACACUGUUUCUCUUUCCCACACACACACACACACACACACACACACACACACACACACACACACACACACACACACACACACACAGCUGUUGUUUCCUCAAGAGUUGUUAGAGCACUGGAUGAGGUGAACUAAGAGAAUAAAUAUUGCAAAAGAAAAAGAGAAAUGAACUUAAGCAUGUUUGUCAUCAAAUAUGUGAUGUGGAAUAAGCUUGCACUACACUUUUAUGACUGUAUUAUAUGCGCCUGAAGUAAAGGCACUGUAGAUACCUGCACCUGAUACACCACUGGUGUGUAUGUAUAUAUGUAUAGUUAAUAAUUAUAUAUCCCACCUUGUAUUGGCCUCAUCUGUGCUGCACUGGGUGAAGGAAUAGGACCAGAACUGAAUUUUUGUUUUAGAAAUCUCUGUUUAACAUUAUGUUUAGUAACAGUUCUUCACAGAUUAUUAAAAAAAAUCUCCUUUUUUUGUAUUUUGGAAGAUUAUGCUUUGCUGGUCAGAUUGGAAAAUGGAGUCUGUACAGUACUGUGAAGAAGCAAAAGGACUGUCAAAAGUGUGUUCUUAUGCUGAAUUAUGCUUUAUCUUGGUUCUUCAGUAUCUUCGAGCAUGCUGACUCUAAGUCCCACAGUAUUAUGUACAGUACAGUAAGACCUUUGUGAUGUUGAUUAAUUAAAGAUGCUCUCAGCUGCGA